AUGGUGGCAAAGCGACCACCCAAGACCCAGGAGGAGGAGGAGGAGGAGGAGGAGGAGUCCACCGGUGCCACGGAGGCUGCUUCAAAGUCUGCGUCUGUAGGCACAAAUGCUGUUACACACUAUCAACUUCUCGAUCGUCGGAAUGAUGCUGCCCUGCUUCAGUGUACAACGUUCACAGGUAAGCUUUAUCCCACGAAACUGCCUUGACGUGGGCCGACACAUCUUUUAUAUGCGGAAAACAGAAGAAUAAAUUCAUUUCACUCGGCCACCCUGGGUGAGGUUCGAGCCCAUCACAGCAAUGCCAAGGCUUGAGUACAGCCAACGUUCUUACCACCUGAGCUAUAAGGCCCCACUGGGAGCCCCGAGUUUAAUCACACUUAGGCCAAACUACCCGCUCAGCCUACUACUGCAACGCAUGGAACCCACAAAUUCUGAUGCCGUAAGCUGCUUGAUUUAGAUUUAUGGCUCCCGGUGGGGUCUUGUAGCCCAUGUGGCUAGAGUGUUAAGGCAGAUUUGCCAUUCAAACUCUGAAAAAUAACUUAUUUUCUCGAACGAGGACGAAAGUUCGAGUUCCAGGUGUAUGCGCCACCAACGACAUGGCAUUCUCUGCCAUACACCAGGGACGUUUCAGAAGCAACCGAGCGCAUUGCUGCGGAGUUAGGUGAUGGAAUUGCACUCCGCUCCAAAACCGUCAUGCGCAGUAGGGUGAUGUACAUUAAAAACCGGUUAAAGGCUGAAGAGUAGUGUAUCGCACACCAUGCCGAAACUGUCCUUGUAACUACACAGGCCAGACUGGACACAUGAUCGGAUCGCGCGUUCACGAACACAAGUUGACUGUGCGACGAGGCGCGCAUUAUCUCAAGUGUCCGCCCACACCUACGAAGUGAGUCAUGAGUUAAACUUCGAAGUCAACAAAGUAGUCGCCCACGCCGGAAACAAAACAGGCCGACACUUGAUUGAAGCCUGGGCCUCGGAUAAGAACUCCGUCAAUCGAUUUAUCGAUCUGGCGCAGACGUAUAGAGCCCUGCGCAGACACCUCCAGUCUUGCGCCGUCGGCCCAUGAUUGGCUUGCACGCCCUAUACCUGUCGUUUGUUCUGUUGCUGCUACUCUCUCUCUGACGAUGGACUCCUGCACGAGUUCGGAAGUCCAGAACAAUAAACAAAAUGUUCCGGCCCUCGACCCCUCUUUUUCUUCAAUUAUAAUUUAGUUGGACCCAUCUGUAAAGACCUCGGUGACCUCGUUGGGAGGUCUUGAGCACAGCCGACGUUCUAGCCGCCUAAGCUACGAGGCCUCACCGGGAGUCGUGUGUUUAUUCACAGUUGGGUCAAAAUAAACCACUAAGGUCUGCCAAAACACCUAUUUAAGCAUAAUUUACCCCAAUGUAUUCCAGCAGUUGUCUUUUCCUGCCACACUGCGCCUGGCACCUCCUUCAACGAGUUCUUCAAAAGCCACAGUCCGCGACGGCUCCCAAUGGGGUCUCGUAGACCAGGUGGUGGUUAGAGCGUUGGCUUGCCCUUGCUGUCGUGGGUUCGAAUCCCAUCGAGGUGGCCGACUGUUUCAUAACUGGGCCAAAUAGAUCAUUCGAAUAUGCCAAAGUCAGCCAUUAGAAAAACUAGUAUAGAUCCGUUUUUUCUAGUCAAAUGGUAGUUAGUCCAAUCAGUUGCUGUGUCGGACCAUCCGAGUAUGCUUCUGAAAUGUUCACUGCACGCUUGGUGUAAGUAAACUUUAAAAAAGUCACACUUUCGCCAUACUUUCAUGCAACACCAAAGAAUGGUGCUUUUUAGUUCUUUUGCGUUCCAGUCGCCGCCAAGACUAAAUCCACAAGUUACACACACUACCAGUUGGAAUGAUUCCCCUCGAUAAGCAUGUGCGCCUUCUCUUAGAUACUCAAAACGGGCGUGCAAGUGUUCAGCGAAAAUUGUCGAAGAGUACCCCGCGGGUGGUUUUUCGUUUUAUUAUCGCUUAGCGAUGUCGGGCUGUCCCUUUGAUUGGCACAGCAUGUCCCUCUUUUGAUUGGCUCUUGAGUGCGCACGCGGACACCGGGCCCAUCCGCCCGCUGUUAUGUGGCCACCCAGUCAAAAUUGGGCUCACGCAUCCAUGCUAGUUGGGGCCGUGUAUGCUGUCGCCCUUAUCUACAUCGUCACACCAAGCCAAUCCUGUUGCUGCACUAAGUGCAUGGGCUGCCCCCCUAUCGAUCCACGUGAUCCAUCUGGCCGGGGUUAACAACCUGAAUGGUAGGCAGGCCUUUGCCUAGGCGACUAAAGUGCAUAUGUGCGCCCAGCCCGUGUGACAGCAUCAUGGUGCAUACCGUACUUGACUUCUAGAACAGAGGUCAGGCUUGCCUGUCUAGUGAUACGGUCAGUGGAACAGUUUCAGGUUCAUGCCUGAACCCGUAAUGACAACUAACUACAUAAGGGGCGUCAUAGCGUUAAAUUGCAAUCUAAAGGACUCAUGACUGUUUUAUAGCAGGACCGUUAUAUAUUAUCUGUAAUCGCUACUGAUAGCAAACUGUCGCCGAAUUUAAUGCCAUGUAGAAACGGGAGAGUUGUUUUUUACCACGCGAAACAUUCUUGGUCGGGUAAACUGGGUUCUUCGUGAAAUGUUAAACAUAGUUUGACUUGCUACUUAAUUCAUUGAAGUAGUCUGGAAUACGUAUUUAUAAGUGAUGCAUAUGACGACGGGUUCGUUCGUUGGUGCACACAACUAGGCUUCGGCUGCCGGGGCCUACUGCAGGGGCACGUGAGGGUAGCUUGGCGUUAUUCUGUGUCCUCCUGUAAAAAGCCCCGCAAAGUUUUCCAGUGCUUGAUGUGCUUAAAUAAAUCAACAGCGAUUGUACGACAUUUUCCUUUCGGUUGUUUUCAAUGUUCCGACCCCCACAACCCCGAUUUCCACAUGAUCCUCGUUGCUGUUGACUCAACAGUUAUUUUUUUACUGGAAAUGUGGGGGCGGGAGGUGUAUGUGCUACCAAGGUAACCUAACCCAUACCUUAUCCCCACCCGCACAGGUAUCAGACAUCAGAUUCGCGUACACCUGAGCACUGCUCUGGAAACUCCAGUGCUCGGAGACCACAAAUACUCCCACUUUGGGUUUCUGGCACCUCAGCGUCUCUCCAACCGCACCCUCGAGGCCCUUCAAAUACGCCAAUCAAAGGUGCGCUACUUGGGUCUGCACUUGCACUCUCACAAACUGCAUUUUGGUGUGCAGGGCGACGAGGAAACAGGCGAGAGACCGGGCUCACAUCCCCUGCGCCCAACACCACCCGGCUUUUUUAGCUUUAUUGAGCGCGACCCUGUGCGACACUCACGGGAUGCCGUGGCCCCCGUACCGGUCUUCUUCCUGUCCAACAUGAAACGUCUCGGUUUGCGGUUUCCUAAGCUCAUCAAGUGGACCCGUUGUCGCAUCUUCUAG